UCCAAUAACUUGCAAGAAGAAGAAGAAAGUGAAGAAGGGUGCAAAAUGGCUGAAAGAAAGCCAAAUGUGUCGGGGGAUCUUCAUCGAGAUGCCCAUCCUUCGUUAAAGGAAAGCAAACAAGACGAACCACCAAACUCAAGACUAUUUAUUGUAUGUGGUAAAUCAGUGACAGAAGAUGAUUUUCGCGAAGCCUUUCACAAGUUUGGGACCAUUGAAGAAAUUUGGAUGGUCAAGGAUCGAACAACAGGGGAGCCGAAGGGUGUGGCAUACAUUAAAUUUUCAAAAACUUCUGAAGCUGCAACAGCAAUGGAAGAAAUGAAUGGCCGCUGCAUUGGAUGUCACCCUCGACCAUUAAAGGUCUUGAUUGCUCACAGCCGUGAGCAAGGAUCAAGAAGAGAUUCUAAUGAAGAAGAGAGAUUAUUGCGCCUUUUUGUUGUUGUUCCCAAGUCCAUGAACGAUUCAGAGCUAAGAGAUCACUUUGCUCAGUUUGGUGACAUUGACUAUGUUUCAAUUGUAAAAGAUAAAAAUACCAAAGAAAGCAAAGGCUUCGCGUACGUUAAAUACCACCGUGUGUCGCACACUGCCAAAGCCUUCGAGUGCUGUGAACGAUCAUUCAAACCCGUCUUUGCUGAUCCCAGACCGCCUAAACCAAUGCACGCAGACAGUUCUCAGUCUAAUAUCGGCAGUGCUUCUUCGACAACAAGCAACUACGAUGUAUUUCCUUACGAAAAUCAUACUGGUGGAAAUAGUACAGAAGGGUUCUCUCGUCUCGCAGUGGUAGCAUCAUCGUCUGUUAACCAAGAUCAACUCUGGAAGUUAUUCGAUAUUAUUCCCGGUUUGGAUUACUGUGAAAAGAGAGAAACCAAGAACCGCCAGCAAGGAAGAUGUCAGUACACCGCCGUGUACAACAAUGCUCAAGCAGCGUCCUACGCAAAAGAAAAGCUCCACGGCUUUGAAUAUCCACCAGGACAAAGAUUGAUUGUUAAAUUCGAUUACAUGAAUUCAGAACCGAGCCGCAGUACUUCAUCUGCAACACUUCCCACGACAAAUGUCCAAACUUCAGUGCAAUAUGCAGGUGUAAAUUGCUUGACCUCCGUUGGAUCCAGCACACGUUUACCCUUUUUAUCUGGACUGCAAGGACAAGGGGGAAUGGAAAACAGUAUUCAGCCUGUACCUACAACGAAUCCAUCGCCAGUUAGCGCGCCUUAUCACGGAUUGAUAGCGCCAAAUAAUGCUGCCCGAACAGCUGCUCUACAUAAUAAUUUAGCUACGUUGGCCGAAACGAUUGCACAAGCGACAUCAUUAAUUCAAGCUGCCUCCGGUUUGGGGCAAGGUUUCCUGCAGUCCCCUUCAAAACACGCCGUAAACGGCACAGAUGAAAGACAUGAAUUGAUGGGCCACUUGGAAAUGUUGGGGGCUCUUUCUACUCAGGGGAUCCCUCUCUCGCCUAGCCAACCACCCACCAAUAACAAUUAUCCUGGUGAAACCUAUGACCCUUCAUAUUGUUCGGUCAAGCUACCUACUCCUCAACCCUUAGCUCCAAUGGAUUCUCCAGUUGGAGAGAGGUUAUUUAUAGUAUGUCAGCCAACACCGCCUCCAAUAUAUGUACUGAAGGAUAUUUUUGGACGCUUCGGCCACCUCAUUGAUGUCUACAUGCUGGGUGGCAGAUCGUGUGGCUACGCAAAAUAUGCCGACAAGGAUUCCGCCGAUAGGGCGCUAAUGACUUUGCACGGGCAAGAAGUCUGUGGUUCCCGAUUAAAAGUGAUGACAGCCGAACCUCCCAACGCGACCAACAACGAUACUCUACGUAAACGAAUCCGCAUCGAAGAGCAAUAGCCAACUUCCCGACCGACCGUUGUGUUGACGGACCUUGGACGACCCGACUACGACUGCGGCUUAUACUCUAGCUAACACAAAACUGCUCUCGUUAGAAUCAAUUUUCCCUUUUUAUAAAAAGAAACCUAAGCAUUGCGUAGUUAAAAGAAAGAAAAAAAAAUGUACUGUUUUCAUCGGACGGGACGAAUUAUUCUGCUAGCACUGGAAGCUAUUUGAAUUUUUAAAUCCUGUCUCUGUUCCCAUGCGAAAAUCAAGUUUACGGAAGCUGAUCUAAUAAUUAUGAUAAGGUCUCGGAAGUAAAUGACGGAGCAAUCGGGAAUGGGUGAUUUUCCACUAGCAUGGAAAUUUUGUAGUUUGUUUGUGAAGUCCCUGCCUUUCCCAUCUCUCAUCAGUUAACAUUUCCCCUAUUAACUCAUACGCUUCUCGUAUUCGAGUGGGAAUUGGGCAAAGGCCGAAGGGUAAAGAAGUAAAAUUUGAUCUAAAUUUUUUAGCGGCAGUUUGAUUGUCAAUAUGUCUUGUAUGUAUGUAUUCGCGUGUCCGUUUACGGUUAAACCCUUUUUUCUAUCUUUAAAAAAUGUUUCUCUUACCAUUCUCGCUACCCCUCAGAGCCGGUUGAUUUAUUAGACGCAGCUAAAUUGUUCACGAUUUAAAGCAAACAAAAAAAUCAGAAAAACUAAUAAGUAUUUGAUGUUACAUGCCGUCCGUUCGUCUUGUGGUUCUCGAAGACAGAAAAGCAUUUCCUUCUUGAAAAUGUACAAUAUUAUUAUUAAAUUUGGCGGUAAUCGUUACCGCUCUCCGUUGGUCUGAUUCAGAUACUCUCACAAAAAAAAUUUCCCCUCUCUCCCAUAUUUUUUCCCCUUUUUCUUUUUCUAUGGGAAUUUAAUAAGAAACGUUAUUUACGAAUCGUUGAUAUAAUAUCGUUCUCUUUCAUACUUUUUUUCCGGGUGAUGAAUACACUACUUACAAUGUUACAA